CUGGCUGAGUGUACCGCAAAGGAAAAACAUAGAAAAAUUCUAUUCAAUUCUUCUAUAAACUUGCAUAAUUUUUGAGUUAAAAUAAGUGAGAAAAUAUGAAAACUCCACUCAGCCAGAAGCCGGGAUUCUUUGCCGAAUACUAUCUGAAGCUCAAGGAGGAGGCUGGAGCUGCCUGUGAGACGGACAUAGCCAAGUUAGCCGCCUGCGGGAGCGAUGAGGAGCGCGUGGCCUAUGUGGACCAGCUGGCCUGGGUGCAAAAGGGGGAUGCCAACCUGGUAGUGAACCAGGAAUUCACCGGCAAGAACGCAUCUCUGGCGGCGGAGAUCAAGGAAAGGGCCACCGCUGCCUUCAAGGGAAAGAAGUGGCUAGAGGCUAUGAUGUUAUAUACCAGGAGCUAUGUGACAUUGCCCAAAGAAAAUGUGGCAGAAAUACGCAUUGUUUUGGCCAAUCGCUCGGCAACCUUGUAUCACAUGCAGAAAUAUCAAGAAUGUCUAGUUGACAUCAAAAGAGCCUUAGAUCUGGGCUAUCCCAAGGACUUGAUCUACAAAUUAUACGAACGUCAGGCGCGUUGCUACAUGGCUCUCAAGGAUUAUCCUCAUACUAUUGAGGCGUUCAAAAAAUGCAUCACCGCCAUGGAUGACUCUACUCUCACCUCCGACAAGCGUUCCAAGCUUAGUCUGGAUGCCAUGACCAUGAUCAAGAUGCUGCAACACGAUCCACGUACAGCCAAGCAGGAGGCCAAGCAGCAAAAGCGUAAGGUGGCCUUGGAUGUGGCUCAGCCUAUGCCUUUGGAGAAUGAGUUUGUGAGUCCAUUGGUGAGGAUUGAUCAGAAUCGUCAGGAGGGUCGUUUUGCCCGAGCCUCAGCGGAUGUCAAGGCCGGCGAGGAGCUGCUGGUGGAGCGACCUUUUGUCUCCGUUCUCCUGGAGAAGUUUGCCAAGACUCAUUGCGAGAAUUGCUUUGUGAGGACUGUGGUUCCCGUGGCCUGUCCUCAUUGUGCCGAUGUCAUCUAUUGCUCCGAGCAAUGCCGCCAUGAGGCCUCUAAGAAGUAUCAUAAAUACGAGUGUGGUAUAGUGCCCAUUAUCUGGCGAUCGGGUGCCUCUAUAAAUAAUCAUAUUGCCUUGAGGAUAUUUGCCAGCAAACCCUUGGAUUAUUUCUUGAAAUUAAAGCCCACCAUAGAUGAGGAAUUAAAGCCAGAGGAGCUGAUAAGCCUCCCCAAGGACGACUUCCGCCGAGUGGCUCAGUUGGAGAGGCAUCAGGGUGAAAGGCAGCCCUCUAACUUCUUCCAGCAUGUCCUCAUGGCCCGUUUCCUGACUCGUUGUCUUCAAGCCAGCGGCUACUUUGGCUCUGAACCCAAACCGGAUGAAGUUAAAGCCAUUUGCUCUUUGGUCCUGCGCAGUCUGCAGUUCAUUCAGUUUAACACCCACGAGGUGGCUGAACUCCACAAGUUUAGCUCCACUAAACGCGAGAAGUCCAUCUUCAUUGGCGGAGCCAUCUAUCCCACCUUGGCCCUGUUCAAUCACUCUUGUGAUCCUGGAGUGGUUAGGUAUUUCCGUGGAACCACCAUCCACAUCAACAGCGUUCGGCCGAUUGAAGCUGGCCUGCCCAUCAAUGAGAAUUAUGGUCCAAUAUACACUCAAGAUGAGCGCUCGGAUCGGCAGGCACGUCUCAAAGAGCUUUACUGGUUCGAGUGCACCUGCGAUGCCUGCAUCGACAAUUGGCCCCGGUUCGAGGAUCUUCCCAGGGAUGUGAUCCGUUUCCGGUGCGAUGCUCCGAACAAUUGUGCUGCGGUGAUCGAGGUGCCGCCCAGCUGCAACGAUUUCAUGGUGAAGUGUGUGACCUGCGGUGAGAUAACUAACAUCCUUAAGGGACUCAAGGUCAUGCAGGACACCGAGAUGAUGACGCGUACUGCCAAGAGGCUCUACGAAACGGGAGAGUACUCCAAGGCCCUGGCCAAGUUUAUUGACCUCAUCAGGAUUAUGUACGAUGUGCUGGCCCCACCUUUCCCUGACUUCUGCGAGAGCCAGCAGCAUCUCAAGGACUGUUUCCUCAAUUUGGGCAAUGUCUAUACUUUGGAUUAGAAAGGACUUUGAAGAAGAGAUAAGGAUAAAAUUAACAGGAAGCAAUU